UUGUUUCUAGCGAGCGCUCUCUCUCUCUUUCUUUCCAAGAUGUUGUUUGAGCUAUUACAGAUAGCGGAAAUCGUGCUUGCCUUCAACUUUGUAUGCAGUGAAUGGAAUGUCAAGGACGAGCUCCCAAGCGAUUUAGAUGCUCUAAUUGAGGCUCAGGAAAUCGAAGCUGCACAGGAAAAGCACGGUUCAUCCCUCGGACAGCUUUGCAGCGUCGAAGCGCCCAAGCGGCAGCAAAUCCUACGCUCUGACGGUGAAAAGGUGGUGGAGCUACAGGAGUUCGCCCGGAAGCCCGAGCUGGGUCAAGGGUUGUUAUACCCGGAGUUCGAUGAUCAUAACACAGUGCUUGGAAACAAGAGGAAGGCGCCGCCGGCGGUCUGUGAUCAUCCGCCUCUCGAUCGCGGCAAACUUACUCUCCCUAACGUAGAGCUGCUUGGAAAUAAGAGGAAGGCACCGGCGGCGGUGGAUCAUGACUGUGAUCAUCCGCCUCUUGAUCACCGCAAACUUACUCUCCCUGACAGGCUAGAGAUUGGUGGUCGUGGUAGGAAGGCACCGGUGAAUCAUUACUGUGAUCAUCCGCCUCUCGAUCACCGCAAACUUACUCUCCCUGACAGGCUAUUCUACCCGCUGCCUGGAAACAAGAGGAAGGCGCCGGCGGCGGUGGAUCAUUACUGUGACCAUCCGCCUCUCAAACGCCGCAAACUUGUUAACACGGUGGCGGACUCUCCUCUCAGCGAGAACUGGAUGAUAAUGAUGGAAGUGGUCAAGCGUCAUCCACCUGAGACGAAGCAGGUCUUUAACUUCGCCAACAUCUAUCAUGGCAUGAGCCCGGCGCUGGCUCACUACGACUGCCUGGCGGAUCCUGCGCCGGAAGGGGCUGCUCGGCCGGGCCGAGGACAGCAUGCCUUUCGAGCCGGGCGUGGGCGAUGCUCCUGGCGGCGUGCCAGACUCAAUCGACUCUCUACAGGUGCAAGGCUCUGGCGACGAAGCCUCACAACACCAAGAGAUCGGGUGUCCAGAAGGACAGGCUCAACGUCUCGGACAAGCUCAACUCGAUCUAGCGUCAGGUCGGGCGGUGGACCCACGAGAUCAUGACGGCUUAUGCGACCAGGCUAAACAUUGAGCUGAUCAUCGAGUGUAGGUGCAGAAGUACCACAGGCCGUGCUGCUGAGGCACGCUGCCAGUCAAGAACCUCAAGUCUGCCACCACAAUAUCAACGUCAGGUUGAGUUCCACCACAUCGAGAAGGACGUGCGUACGGUAGCGAAGCCCUCUUGAUUGCUUGGUCUCUCCUCCAACUCACAUACUAGGAACUCUUUAGAUGGUGAUUGACAAUUGAAACUAUACUUGAAUAUUCUUUAUUUAUGAUAUAAAU